CUGGAACUUUGAGCCAUACACUGAGGAUGCCCGGCUCUUGUCCACCAUGAAUGAGUGUCACUAUGACAAGCGGAUGGACUUCUUUUACAACAGGAGCAACACAGACACAGCGGACGAGUGGACAGGGACAAAGCUCGUAAUCGUCUUGUGCGUUGGGACAUUCUUCUGCCUCUUUAUAUUUUUUUCUAACUCCUUGGUCAUCGCUGCAGUGAUCAAAAACAGGAAGUUCCACUUUCCCUUCUACUACCUGCUGGCUAACUUAGCUGCCGCGGAUUUCUUUGCCGGAAUCGCUUAUGUGUUCCUGAUGUUUAACACUGGCCCAGUGUCCAAAACGUUGACUGUCAACCGCUGGUUUCUCCGCCAGGGGCUCCUGGACACAAGCCUGACCGCCUCCCUGGCCAAUUUGCUGGUUAUUGCUGUGGAGAGGCACAUGUCCAUCAUGAGGAUGAGAAUCCACAGCAACUUGACCAAAAAGCGGGUGACACUGCUCAUUCUGCUGGUGUGGGCCAUCGCCAUCUUCAUGGGGGCGGUUCCCACGCUGGGUUGGAAUUGCCUCUGCAACAUCUCGGCCUGCUCUUCUCUGGCUCCCAUUUACAGCAGGAGUUACCUCAUUUUCUGGACUGUGUCAAACCUCCUGGCCUUCUUCAUCAUGGUGGUGGUAUACGUGCGCAUCUACAUGUACGUCAAGAGGAAAACCAACGUCUUAUCUCCACACACGAGUGGCUCCAUCAGCCGCCGGAGGGCUCCCAUGAAGCUAAUGAAGACGGUGAUGACUGUCUUAGGUGCCUUCGUGGUGUGCUGGACUCCGGGUCUAGUGGUGCUCCUGCUGGACGGCCUGAACUGCAAGCAGUGUAACGUGCAGAACGUGAAGCGCUGGUUCCUGCUGCUGGCACUGCUCAAUUCCGUCAUGAACCCCAUCAUCUACUCGUACAAGGACGAGGACAUGUACAACACCAUGCGGAAGAUGAUCUGCUGUGCCGCGCAGGAUAGCAGCACUGAGAGGCGCCCCUCCCGCAUCCCCUCUACCAUCCACAGCAGGAGCGACACGGGCAGCCAGUACCUGGAGGACAGCAUUAGCCAGGGGCAGGCGUGCAACAAGAACAGCUCCUAAGCCAAGGACGCUUCCGCCCUCUUCCCCCGGGGAAAGAGCAGUAAAGAAGCCUCACCUGUCUCAGUAAGCACGUGGACAGGGUUGUUAGAGGCCUCCAUGAAUCAUUGCUGGGGCUUUUAAGUUUUCAUUGUCAAGAUAAGAUACUGCGUUUAGUAAAAGUGCACAGAAAAGGGAGAGAUGAACAGUGGGUUCCAGCUUGUUGUCUCCGAACUCAAGCAAUCUCGCAGGGCAUGUUGGGCUCUGCCACCAUCUUGCCGCCAUUGUCUGUGUGUUUUCAAAGAUGGUGUUGAAGGUCCUAGGUCAAAGGAAGUAGUAAAUAAUGGUACCUGAGCCUCCUUGUGUAGCUGCUAGACUCUAGUUGUUUCAGCACGGAUUUAAAAUGUUCAGGAAAUAUUUUAGCAGUGGAUUUUGACUUCCCCAGAGAAGCCACAGCCAGGAGCUAGAUGGGCAGCUGUAUAGAAAAGUAAGUGAUGAUAUUGACCGGCAGGCUGAACCUCUUCAAAUAGCGUCAAUAUGAGCAUGAAUAGAUCCUCAGUCUUGGUUAUCCAGAUACCACUGAGGGGCUUGCUGGAUCCUAUGUGCAGAGUAAUUGCACAUCUAAUAUUUUAACCAAGGCUGCCAGCACUCUUUAUCUUACUUGUGGACUGAAUUUUGAUCUUGUAUUUUUCUCCUUCAAAGGCUUAUGAAAGGCAGAUCAGUUAAAAACAAAAAUAAUGUUCCAUACACAUAGGCUACUGACCAGUGUUUUCUAUGUAAGACAUUUAGAGUAUAUUCUGACUUAAGGUAAGAAUAACUUCAAAGCAGGUACUAUAGUAUUUAUGUAGUUUGCAAAUGUUUACAUGCUCUCCUCUCUCUCUCUCUCUCUUUCUCUCGCUCUCUCUCUCUCCUCUCUGCUGUUGUGAUGUAACAUUUAUGUGCACAAACUACUUGUAAUAAAAGAUUUUAAGAAGUUAUGCUUUGAGAUAUAAUGGCCUAAAAUAUAGAGCAUUAUGAUUUGAAGUCUUGGAUCUUACAUGCUUGAUGCAGUAGGUAGGUGUACCUACCUUAUGUGAAAGCUACCUAUAAAAUAAAAAUUUUAAAGGACCUGUUA